AUGCAGGCUCUCAUCAAGGAUUUGCCUGGCAAGCCCCCAGCUCAUCAAGCCGAGCGCACGAAGAAACCUGGCAACAAUGAUCUCCCAGAUGGUGUUGAACACAGGCUGUGGCGCCGUGUCUUUGUUCCCCCGAAGUUAGCCUGCCAGAAAUUGCAGGUGAUCUGGGACGCAAUUUUUCCCAGUAUCUCGUGCACAGUCACAAGCACAAGUACUGUGUAUAUCAUAGCUGUCCAGCGUGUUUCUGACUCCUAUCGAAGCUUCAUUGGCUCAGCAGCUAUUGCAAUCAUCAUCACAUACCUCAAGUCCCAGGACACACUCAAGGACUCGGACGAUAAUCAUGUCAAAUUCGCUACUUACGUGCUGGACAAGCUUCGGUUCUUGUACAAGAAGGCAAACAGUGACAAUAAAUCUAAGUUCCAUGGCCUUUAUCAAGGUGCCUUCAUAGUGCAAACAUUUGGCGCCCACUUCACUGCUAUCAACAGCGCUCGCAAGAUACAUAGACUAGACAAGCUGGGAGACAACUUGAAUCCUGCUGGGGGUCUAGUGCUGUCAUGUGCUGCAGUUGAACGAGCAUUGACACUUAUUGCUACUCGUACUAUAACCAUCAAAAUGGUUCUCGCUGCCAAGGGCAAAUCUAUACCCUUGCUGAAAACACUCAAUCACUCAACCGGCAAAGUCUCCAAUCGCCAAAUGGGCUUCAAUGACGUCAUCUGGGGUUCUUCCACACACUCAUAUGUGAAGUUGAUAGAAUUUUCCAAGAAGAGCCAUCAUUCUGGCAACAAUAGAGCCAUCAAUGAUGCUGUGGUUGAUGAUGAAGAUCUGGACGAACACGCUCAACUCAUGGACAUAUCGGAGUCCGAGUCUGGGUCUGAAGAUCAUAGUAAUGGCUCUGACAUGGACUUAGAGAUGGAAUGA